AUGUCCCUCACUGAGUCCUCCGCUGCUGAUAUCGCAAAGACUGCAUCCUUCGCAUCUCGUCACCUUGCCACUUUAUCCAAUGCUGCGCGCAACGAUGCAUUGACUGCACUUCACAGAGCUCUCCUAGACAACCAAGAUUCAAUUCUGGCAGCAAAUGCAAGAGAUGUUGAAACAGCGAGCCGUGCUGCAGAAAAUGGCAAUUUGAACCAGAGCGUCCUCAAAAGACUUGAUUUAUCGAGACCGGGGAAGUAUGCCGAUAUGUUGCAGGGUAUUUUGAAUGUACGAGAUUUGGAUGAUCCAGUGGGAAAAGUGACUCUGAAGACUCUUUUGGACGAUGGUCUCGUACUAGAGAGGGUCAGUUGCCCUAUAGGGGUAUUGUUGAUAAUCUUCGAAGCACGGCCUGAGGUCAUAGCAAACAUAGCCGCCUUGUCUAUCAAAUCAGGAAAUGCUGCGAUCUUGAAAGGAGGGAAAGAGUCGACCGAAUCUUUCGUGGCUAUAUCGGGGGUUAUUUCCGAAGCGAUCUCAAAUACCCAGGUUCCGCGAUCUUCAAUUCAACUAGUGAAGACGCGAGAUGUGGUCUCUUCUCUACUCGCACAGGAUUCGCUUAUUGACCUGGCCAUUCCUCGAGGAUCUAACGACCUUGUUCGAUAUGUCAAGGAUAACACAAAGAUUCCGGUUCUCGGUCAUGCCGAUGGACUUUGCUGUGCCUAUCUUCAUUUCGAUGCGAACCCAGACAUCGCAGUCAAAGUCAUUGUGGAUUCAAAGACUGAUUAUCCAGCGGCUUGCAACGCUUUGGAAACUCUACUUGUGCAUGAAGAUGCUUUGGAAACAGCGUUCCCCCGUGUUGCGGAAGCUCUUUUAUCCAAAGGAGUGUCUCUUCGUUGUGACAUGCCGUCUAAAGCCGCCCUGGUGGAAUCGUUGCCUGCUUCACAGGCGGACUUGCUUCUGGAUGCGACUGAUUCUGAUUAUAACACAGAAUUUCUAGAUCUCACUUUGGCGGUUAAAACCAUCUCUUCGACGCAUUCCCCUGACUCAGCUGCUGAGGUGGCUAUUGAGCAUAUCAACAUACAUUCGUCCAAACACACCAACAUUGUCAUAACCGGAUCGAAAGAAAUUGCGGAGCGUUUCAUGAAUGGCGUUGACAGUGCCGGUGUUUUCUGGAAUGCUUCCACAAGAUUUGCAGAUGGCAUGAGAUACGGAUUUGGCACUGAAGUAGGGAUCAGUACGAACAAGAUCCAUACUAGAGGGCCUGUCGGACUCGACGGAUUGACCAUCUAUAAGUAUUUGAUCCGCGGGAACGGCCAUGGAGCUGGUGACUACUUCGAGGGAGAAGGUGGUAAGAAAUGGAAACAUGAAAAGUUGAGUCUAUAG